GUUGUUUUUUUUGAAUAUAUUGACGAUUCGUUGGCCUCCGAGAUCUAAGGCAUCUCUCACAAUCAACGGUCCAGAUUCCAUCUAGAAGAUAUAUUACACCGACCUUGUUUUCUCUAUCUAAUUCUCACACACACACCAACGCAAACCUCCAAAACAGGGCCGGGGCGAUUCAUUCACAAUCUCGGCGAUUCUCUCUUCCGUCUCGAGUCGCUGAGAUCCAUCAGUAAAAGGUCUGCAAAAUGGUUGCUCAGGGAUUCACUGUGGAUCUUAAAAAGCCCCUUGUAUUUCAGGUUGGUCAUCUUGGAGAAGAUUAUGAGGAAUGGGUUCACCAACCUAUCGCGACCAAGGAAGGCCCUCGGUUUUUUCAGAGUGACUUUUGGGAGUUCUUGACACUUACAGUUUGGUGGGCAGUUCCUGUCAUUUGGUUGCCAGUUGUAGUCUGGUGCAUAUCAAGGUCAGUAAGUAUGGGAUGUUCACUUCCAGAAAUCGUCCCAAUUGUUGUCAUGGGAAUAUUCAUCUGGACAUUUUUUGAAUACGUUCUUCACCGGUUCGUUUUCCACAUAAAAACGAAGAGUUACUGGGGAAACACUGCACACUAUCUUAUUCACGGAUGCCAUCAUAAGCACCCGAUGGACCACCUUCGGCUCGUCUUUCCUCCUACUGCAACAGCGAUUUUAUGCUUUCCGUUCUGGAACAUUGCGAAGGCUAUCUCAACUCCUUCAACCGCACCUGCAUUGUUUGGUGGAGGCAUGCUCGGAUAUGUGAUGUACGAUGUCACUCAUUAUUACCUUCACCAUGCCCAACCUACUAGACCAGUGACCAAAAAUCUCAAGAAGUACCAUUUGAAUCAUCACUUCAGGAUUCAGGACAAAGGAUUUGGUAUAACUUCGUCGUUAUGGGACAUAGUCUUUGGGACACUUCCCACCACAAAAGCCCCCAGAAAAGAGCAAUAGUAGUAAAAGGCAAAAACUAAAAAGAUGUUUGUAAUACAUUUAAUUUAAUCUUAAGUUAUUAAUCAUCCUUCUGAAUUUUGAGAUGUUUAAUCUGAGGUUUCAUUUGGAUCACUGUCUUUUGUAGUUUGUAAAUCAAUACUUCACAAUCCUAAUAUAAUAUUUUUCUGCGAAAGCAAUAAAAAAUCUACU